GCCCAGGCUGGAGUGCAGUGGCGUGAUCUCAGCUCACUGCAACCUCCGCCUCCUGGGUUCAAGCAAUUCUCCUGCCUCAGCCUCCCGAGUAGCUGGGACUAUAGGCAUGUGCCACCAGGCCCGCCUAAUUUUAUAUUUUUAGUAGAGAUGGGGUUUCUCCAUGUUGGUCAGGCUGGUCUCGAAGUCCUGACCUCAGGUGAUCCGCCCACCUUGCCUCAGCUGAGCUCUUGGGACACCGAGGUCACCAGCAGCUUGUCUGGCCCCACUGGCUCCCAGCUCCCCGAGCCAGAUGUGCCAUCCCAGGUUCCCCAUUUGCGGCCCUUGCUUUGA